GUUCAAAAUAUAUCAGCCAUUAGAUCUUAUUUAGAUUAUUAAUAUAUUGUUUUAUUUGUUUAUGGUCAACCGGUACAACCGGUUGUACGUGGAAAAAAGUUCGAACCCCAUUCUCUUAUCCUUCUCCUCUCCGAGCAGAUCUGAGACCCUCUUCUCACCGCCGACAUCCAUUCUUGCUGUCACCGGAAAUGCAGUUACCGACUCCAACUCCAGAGGCAGCGAAUCUCUUCCUUUGAUCUCGCAUCGUCUCUCUACUCUUUGACCAUCCCGUACAAAAAAUCGGAGCGUUUUUUUUAUUAUGAUCGGAGCCCUCUGCCUACGGCGACGAGGUUCUUACCUCGAGCAGCUACUCCCGUCCUAGCCCCGAUCUGGUCCCGCUUACGGAUUUCAGGCCGGCGGGGGCAUGCCUGCCGGUGGUUCUGAGUACGGAUCCAGAUAUGGUGGGAGGACUGAGAUCGGUGGCGGAGGCGGAUAUGGCAGGAGGAUUGAGAUCGAGUACGGAUUUGGCAGCGAUGGCGGCGGGAGGAAUCUUUUUUUUGGGCUGAUCGUGGAGGUUUAUUUUGGGGCUUGAUUUUUUUUAUGGCUUCCAAUCCUCCAUUCCAAGUGAUGGAGGAUCAAACCGACGAGGAUUUCUUCGACAAAUUAGUCGACGAUGAUUUCGGGCCUAACAGCUCCGAUGCCGCCCAGGUGAGCAAAUUUUCUGAGGGGAGUGAUUCCGAUGAGGCCAAGGCGUUUGCUAAUCUGAGCAUUGAGGACGUCAACGGUGGCGGCGAGGACGGUGGAGUUGUGGAGGAGGAGAAAAUACAUGGUCUACUCAGGCAGGGCAUUACUGCUGAUAAAAUUUCAUCUCAACUUUCACCAUGGGCAUAUGCUCUGUUUGAGUUUUUGCCAAUAUUUAUCAAGAAGCAGCUGCUUCUUCAUCCUGAAUCUGAUGACUCUGCUCAGCUGUCCCAGAUUGAGGCAGAGAAACUCUUGGCACAUCUUGUGGAGGUAGAAAUGAACAAGCGCCAGAAAGAAGGCACAUACAAGGGGAAGAAAUUCAAUGCCAUCUGCCACUUUUUUGGUUAUCAGGCUCGUGGAUCUUUACCAUCGAAGUUUGACUGUGACUAUGCCUAUGUUCUUGGCCAUAUCUGCUACCAUAUUCUUGCUGCUGGUCUAAAUGGUUACAUGGCAACUGUUACUAACCUUAAGAACCCUGUGAAUAAAUGGCGUUGUGCUGCUGCCCCAAUCACAGCAAUGUUGACAGUGAAUCGAUGGGCUCAAAGUCCCGGUGCACCUUCAAUUGGAAAACCUGCUAUUCAUCCAGCUACUGUUGACUUGAAUGGCAAGGCAUAUGGGUUGUUGAGACAAAAUGGAGUGAGAUUUUUGCUGGAUGAUCUGUACAGAAACCCGGGACCGCUACAGUUUGACGGUCCAGGGGCAGAUGCCAAAGCUGUGACUCUGUGCGUUGAAGACCAAGAUUACAUGGGCAGAUUGGAUGAACACACUUUUUUUGCAUUUGGGAUUGGAGUUUUGGAAUUGACUGAUUGGACGAACACACUUUUUUUUUUGUCUUUUCGUUUUUGAGAGAUACAGAAACUUGUUUUUAAUGUAUUUAGAUGAUGCUAAUGAUGGAUGAUAAAUGCAGCAGCUCCAGUCGAGAUGAGUCGCGUUUUAAUUCGAUGUCUUGCCUUUGUGGGUCUAAAAGGAAAUGAAGCUCUUAUUAUAGUUGUUUAUCUUAGCAUUCAGAUUCUGCAUACUUGAAAUGGUGAUUAGGGUGAGUGUCUAGAAGGCAAAAUAGAGAUGAUAGACGUAUUAAUAAUUUAAUUGGGACAAU